UUCCCUAACUCAAUGACACACUCUACUUAUCUUAUUCAAUCUCCAUCAGGCCUUCUACAUAUCUAGUGGCUGUCUCUGUUUGCAUCCGUCCCACAAACACUAGGUUCUAAAAAAGUAAAGAAAAGACAGAAUAAGAAACGUAAAAUAUCAAAAGACAAAAACAAUUGGCAAAUUGAAGAAAUGUACAACCUCCUACAAAUCCUUCUCUAAACCAAGAUCAGCAAGAUGCCUCCUUCCAACUACUUUGUAAUUCACCGGCUUUUCUUCUUCCUCUUUAUCUCUUUUAUCUUUCCAACGAAAGCAGCUCCAAUUUACAGUUCCCAUGCCUGCACAGACUCUUCCAAAUACCAACAAAACAGCACAUUUCAAACCAACCUCAACCUCCUCCUCUCUUCCCUAACCUCCAACGCCACCCAUGGCACCCACUUCCACAAAACAACAAUCGACAGUGACACCCCCAACGCCGCCGUCAAGGGCCUCUUCCUCUGCCGCGCCGACACCCUCGCCGCCACCUGCCACGCCUGCGUCGCCGCCGCAGCAACGGACCUAAAACGCCGAUGCCCGGUUGAGAAAGAGGCAAUAAUCUGGUACGACGUGUGCAUGGUGCGCUACUCAAACCAAUACCUCAACAACAUAGUACCCUCAGUGACCAUCUCCGAUUCCGGAAGCGUGGCUCGCGUUGACCUUGACCGCUUCAACGACUUGCUGGCGGGGUUGCUGAAUUCUCUGGCAACGAAAGCUGCGAAUUACGUGGAUGAGAAAUUCGCAACAGGGGAAGUGAACUUGACGAGUUCGGUGAGGCUUUAUGGGUUGGUGCAGUGCACGCCAGAGUUGUCGUUGUUCGAUUGCAACAUGUGUUUCAGAAGCGCCAUUGCUUCUGUUCCGAAUUGCUGUGACGGGAAUCGAGGAGCGAGGGUGUUGCUUCCAGGAUGCAAUAUCAGAUAUGAAGUGUAUCCGUUUUACAAUAGCACCGAAACAUUGGCCCCACCGGUUGCAAACUCUCGUCCUUCAGAAAGGAGUCGUGUUGAAGUGAUUCUUACAUUUGUUAUACCUAUUGUUGCUGCAAUGGUGCUUUUCACGUUUGGGAUAUGUGCUGUCAUGAGAAAGCAAGCUAGGAGUAUGAUACAAUUAUGGAGGAAAGCUGAUGCUGCAAACGUUGGAGACAAUUAGUUAUCAGUAUUUUAAUGGGAAGCCUGAAAAUGUAGAGUCUGAGUGAACUAUAACUUCAGCGUUAGUUUUUACAAAGUUUUGUUUGUGAUUGUGAGAUUGGAGUAGCAGGCUAAGCUAGCAGCUGUAUCAACAAUGUCUAUGUUUGCUGUAAUUACUUUGCCAGAUUGAGUCAUUGUUUACAUUUUACAUGUAAAAAAUUAGUUCUUUAGAUGUCAA